GACAUCUAUGAGACGAAUUGAGGGGUCAAAACAAUGAUAUCAAGACGAUAAGAUAAAAAUUGAACUUUAUUACCUGAUUUUCCGUGUUGAAUUACGUGUCGUCUUUUCUUCAUAGUCAACUAAAAAACAAGAAAAAUGAGUGAAAUUGAUGGAAAUACAAUUUUAGCCCAAAGUCUCAAAGAACAGGGAAUUGAAUAUGUUUUCGGUAUCAUUGGAUAUCCCGUGAUCGAACUUUCGAUGGCAAUGCAAGCUGCUGGUUUAAAGUACAUUGGAAUGAGAAAUGAACAAUCAGCUUGUUAUGCGGCUCAAGCAAUUGGAUAUCUUACAGGAACGCCGGGUGUUUGUUUAGUUGUUUCGGGACCCGGAUUGUUGCACGUUUGCGGAGGAAUGGGAAAUGCUCAAGCGAAUU